AAACAUCCCUGUAACAGCUGAGAACAUGUAAACAAGUAAAACGAAUACAAAAAAUGUCAAAACAAUAUGGUCUCAUCCUUCCAGGACAACAACAGAAACCACCUGCCAGGGAAGUAGCACGUGAAUUUACUAAACCUUCCAUUUUCGAUGAGAGCAGUUCAGAGUCGGACGAAAAUGGGCCGCCGCAAAUGCAAAUGAAGAAGGCUCCCAUGGGCCCGAGUCUCAUGGAAAAGCGUAAGGCUAAGAAUUUGCAGGAAAAAGCCUUGGCAGAAGAUCCCACCAUCUUUCAAUAUGAUGAAUUAUACGAUGAAAUGGAAAAUAAGCGUGAGGAAGAGAAACAAGUCAAAAGUAAAGAACCCAAAAAAGCGCGCUACAUUACCAAACUUAUGGAAACAGCAGAAAGGCGUAAAUUAGAAAAUGAAUUAAGAGUAGAAAGACAAGUACAAAAAGAGCGCGAAGCUGAGGGUGAAGAAUUCAAAGAUAAAGAACAAUUUGUUACUUCUGCGUAUCGCAAGAAGUUGGAAGAAAUGCGACUGUUGGAAGAGCAAAAUAAAAGAGAUGACUAUUUGGAGGCUAUAGGAGAUGUAACGAAACAAAAUGAUUUGGACGGCUUCUAUCGUCAUCUCUAUGAACAGAAAAUGGGCACUACGAAAGAAAUAAAGAAACCCGAGUUGCAGCCAGAAAUUACAAAUGCUGGCGGCAGUGAUGAAGAGGGAGUGGCCUAUAAACCCAUAAAGUCGGGUAAAGCACCACAACAACGCGCAUACCGCAAACGACAAGCCUCAGAUGAUGAGGAGGUAAAAGAAAAGGAGACGGUUUUGAAAGAGGAGCCAGAUAAAAAAGUACAUUUAACCAAUAACAUAGAUGCCGAUUCAGACUUUAGCAUAGAUGAUUCUUCUUCGGAAUCUGAAAGUGAAAAUGAAGAAAACAAGGCUAAAAAGGCCAAAAUACCUAAAGACAGUAAGGAGCAAUCUACAGCAGCAGCAGAAGAUUCCAAACUCUCCAAAACACCCUCUAAUUCAAUAGCUCUUAAUUUAAAAUCUCUUAAGCCGGAAGAGCAAACAGAUAGUAAAACCGAGAAGCCCAUAAAAGAGGAGAUAAAAUUACCCAUUCCUUCGGUAGAGUUAUUAGCAGAAGAGGAAUUACCGCCACCAAAACCCAAACGUGAUAAAGCCGAAGUAUGGCGUAAACGUACAGUUGGUGAGGUGUAUGUGGCGGCUGUACAAAGAUAUUAUGAACGUAAAGCAACCAGAAAUCAAGCCUAAAUAUUUGAAAAUAAGCAAGAUUUCAGGUAAUAUUUUUUUAUUUAUUUCAUUUUACAAAUUUGAUUUAGAAAUACAUACAUAUACUACAUAUUUGAAAGAAGAAAAUAAAAUGCAUUUCUUUGAUUU